UGCAUCCUCCAUGAUGCAGACAUACAUAUAUAUAUACAGAACUUAAAAAAGCUAAAAGUGUGACAGUUACGCAUAUAUGAUUUAUACGCAAUAGUUUGUUCAUGUAUUGAAAAAAUUUUCUUUCAAAAUAACAAAUAUCUUUAUUAUUUCUUGUCCCCAGUUAAAAACUUAGUAAAUUUAAUAGUUAUUAUUUACUAUAGGUAUUUAUAAACUGUGAAUCACUACGAUCAAUAGUUACUUCCAUAAAAUAUAAUAUAAAUAGUUAUAAUUAUAUGAAAAAUGCCUCCAAAAAAAACAAAAACAAAUUCUAAUGCAAGGCAUUUUACAUAUAAUUCAGUUUCUAUUCAAACUGAGAUUGAUUGCAAUUAUGAAACAAUGAUUUGUGAUUAUAAAAAGCAAAUAAAUGAUCUUACUAAAAAAAUUGCUGACUAUGAAGUAAAAUGUUUUAAACUACAAGAUGAAAAUACAAUUUUAAAACAUCAAAAUUUGAAACUUCUGAAAAGUACAAGUACCAGUGUAUUAGUAAAAAAUGAUUUGAUUGAUAAUGCAACCAUAAAAAAAAAAUCUAUCAGUACAGACAUUGACAGCAUGUCUACGAAAGGCUGUGGUUGUAAAGGUAGUUGUGCUAAUAAGAUAUGUGGCUGUGUGAAGAAAGGUGUUUCUUGUAAUAAAAAGUUGUGUAAGUGUAACAAUGUCCAGUGCAGGAACCAGGAUUUCGACAAGGAAAAUACUGCUAAUCAAAAUGAACUAUCACAGGAAAGUCAAAAAGCUCUAGAAAAAUUAGGACGCUUAACUUUGAAUCAAGAAAUCCUUCAUGCAUCAGAGAAAAAAAAAAAAAUUUUACUUACAGAUCAUGAAAAUAUGAUGAAUGUUGAGAAAUACUCUGCAAGUCCAUUUGGUACCAGAAGGCGAUUAUUCACACAAGACUCAGAUGACACAGUGGAUGUUUCAGUAUCUGAAUCAAACUCACUCUUGAAUAAUAAAGAAUGCUCUAACAAACCAGAAAUUCAAUUUCCUCAUACAACUGCAGUAAACCAUGAUAGAAAACUUAAAAAUAAAGAUGGACAAUUUAAAAUUAUAGUAACUACCGAUGAUAUACAAAAUGAAAUACCAUUACAAUUAUUAUCUGAUAAAAUAGAUGUAGGUGACAAUUUUCUGCCUAAAAUAUCGAAAGUCCUUCAUUCUCCAAAAGAUGUAAAUAAAUUGAAACCUCAUUCAUCAGAUGAGUACAUUGUUCGAAGAAGAUAUAAAAAUCAAGUUUCUCCAUCUAAUGAAGAGAUAGACGAGAAGAAAAAUAUAGAAGAGAUAGUCAAUUCAAGAAAAGUGCAACAUUUACCAAAACCAUCAGAUAAACAUCAAGUUUUGGAAAAUGAGAUUAAGAGUUCUCUUUCGCAGGUAUCAGAUACUACUAACAGCAAUAAUAUUUUGGAUGUGAGUUUAAAUCCAAUGGUACCUAAACGACAAUUAGCUAGAAGCCCUAUUAGUGCAACAGGAAAUAUUAUGCCAAAUGAAAGUAAACGAUUUUCUCCACCAAAAAAAGAAUUAGCUGUUCCAGAAGUUAAUUGGGAACAACAUAAGUCAGAAUUAAUAAUGUGUAGAAUAUGUAAACGGAAAUUCUUUCCUCACAGAAUCGAUAAACAUGUUGCUUCUUGUAAGGGCAUUUAAUAGUAUUCAACAAAAACAACUUGGUUUCAAUGAAAUGUUUUCUUCGAAACUGAAGUAUUUGUUAAUUUUUGAGUAGAUAAUAUUCAUUUAUUUAAUCUUUUUACUUUAUUUUGACAGCUUUCAAUUAAUAUAAUUAUGCUAAUAUUUAUCCUAGAUUAUAUAUUAAUUAUUAUUCAUUUCAUGAAGUGUGUUAAAUAGUGGUAGGCCGACUUUGUUGCGUUCAGAUACUGAUUCUACAUAGUUUAAAUUCUACGCGAAUUUCUAAAUCUUAUUUAUUUAAUAUAAUAUUUUUCUAUUGAACACGAAAAAUAAUAUUUUCUUAUAAAUUAAAAUAUUAUAGAAUAUUAUAUCUUUUUACAAAAAAAUUAAUAAACAAUUAAUUAAAAAAAAAUAGUCUACAUGACAUAACAUAUUAAUUUGGUCAUUUUUUAAUAAUUAACUGACGGCUUUUUAAACAUAGAAUUAUUUCAAAUAUUUAUUUAUUCUUGCAGAAAUAUUUUAUGUAAAAAUAUACUUUAAGCUAAUUAUGUUCUAAUCGAAUUAUACACUUAAAAGUUUAUAUGUUCAAUAAUGUUUUCUUGUUUAAUAAACACUAUAGAUAGAUAUCUUCUAUUUAAUUAAAAAAACAUUAUAUUAAAUGAAUAUUUAAAAAUUUGUGUAGAAUCGGUAUCUAUACGAAAGAAACAGGCUGAGCCGUAAUAGAAGUGUGAUUUUUACUAUCUUUUACUGUUCAUAGUUGUAAAUUGAUUUCUAAUUAUUAUUUAAUAUCAAUUAGAAUUUUUAAACGUCAAUUGUCGUUAUUUUAUUUUAUUUGCGACACUUAAAAGUUUUAGAAUUGUCAGAUUUACAUAAAGUUGUAUACUAGUUUAAAAUUGAUAUAUAUAUAUAUACAUAUAAAAAUUGUUGAUAUUUGUAAUGUGUAUAACAUAUUCAAAACUUUCUUCUACAUAUGAAAUCGAAAACAGCACAAAU